AAAAGAUAAAAAUAAAGAGAUCGGUCUCUCUUUACGCGGAAUGUUCGCUCGCAUUCGCUUGUAAAAUCUCGAAGGGAACGCGUGCACUUCGAAGCACCGAAACAUCCAAGGUGAUUACAUAAAACUAGAAAACCAAACCAUGCAGAAGGCCAUCAAGAAGGAGCUCAGCUUCUCGCUGGACACGCUGGAGCGCUAUCGGGCCAAGUACGGACGCAGUGUAUCGUCGGAUACAAACGGAUCUACUAUUGCUCACACAGAUAGCGAGCCGGUUGCUCCUACGCCUGCUCCUCCUUCGAUUUUCGCAAAAACCACCUCGCCACCAAAGAUGACCAAAUUACAGGAGCUGCAGCAGAAGAAGGAGGCUUAUCUCAGGGCCCGAGAGCAUGAACGGGAAAUGGAACAACUUCAGCGUACAGAGAGAAGAUCUACAAACGGCUUGGAUACGCCCAAGCCCAAGACGACAAGUCCCAAAAGCACCUCACCGACACCCAAUUCUAGUUCGUCAUCCAGCACUGCUGUAGCCACCAAGACCUCCAGUCAGGCUGGAUACUCCAAUUGGUCUAAUCAGCAUGCCACCCUCUGCUCCCAGUCCUGGGUGGUCAUUUCUGAACUGAUGUACUUCUGCGACAAGUACGAGUUUACCACCCUGAGCACUAGGGAUCUAAGGACGCACCAAGAAAUCGUGGCGGAGGUGAGAGCUUUGCUAUCUGGCAAGGCGCCUUUCGAUCAGAGAACUCGUUUUCCGGCCAACAUUCACGAUCCGGAGAACUUGUGGGUGUGCAUCGGUCGCUGUGCCAGCGUGGAGUAUCAUCUGCAGCGCAUCAUAAGCAUCUUUCGAAAACCACUUAACCAGUUGACGCCGGACAAACAGCGAACUGUGCGCCAGAACUUUCACCUUGCAGUCAGUGAACUACGGCUGGACAUCUCGGCGAGGAUCAGCGAGGUGCGACUGUACGACCGCCUGGUCUUUGAACGCGAAUUCCGGCUGGAGUGGCAGGAGACGGAAGCCUAACGGAUGAAAAGGAUUACAGGAUCAGUGGGUGGACCAUAACGUUUAUUGGCAACUCUUCGCUCUUUUUGCGGUGCGCGGUGGAAAAAACGGUUACAAAAAUACACUUCGACACGGGAGGCUGGAGCAUGGAGCAUACGAAAAGAGUACUCAGUGUGCUGCAUGCUCCAUUCAACAUACAUAUAAAAGGUAUUCCGAUAACUGAUAACCAUUAUGAUUUCCUUAAGUCUGUGAAAUUUUUAGUCAUUCCCUUACAGUUCAGACUGGCAAACUAUUUAUGUGCGAUGUCUUUUAAAGGAACACUUAUAAAAUUUAAAAGGAACACCAUAGUAAAUUUGUCAGUCAGAAAUAAUCUUACUAUAGUAACUUCUUUUAGCUUUGGGAUCAGAUCUAAUAUGUUUCCAUGACACCUUAAAACCUUUAAGUCAAUCAUAAUCAAAAUCAGUUGACAAAAUACCUAUAUAAAUAACCACAUACUUCACAAAUCUUAACCAUUGAUUGCUCCCAACAAUUGCUCGCGUAACUAAAUCUAAGGGCCGCCGGCGGACAGCUGGAAUCUAAGGAUAAAGCUCCAGUCUGUCCACCGAUUAGGCCAACUUAUUGCUCCGUAAUACGUAAUACAAACAUUUAUAUAUAUGUACACAAUGUUAACGGUAUAAAUAAAGCACUUUUGUGUGGGCCAACGUU